UAUUGGGCUUUCCAGCUGUAAUUCACUCUGGAGAACCUUUCCUCAACUGCUGGACUGGAGAAUCAUCCCUCAACUGCUGGAUACAAACAAAACCAAUUGUUAUUGCUUCAUCUUCACUGACCUAUCUCAGUUUGACAAAUGGCUCCAAGGAAAUCAAGCAGACACUGGCUCCUCUGUCCAGUUUGUAUGAAGACCCAAGAAUCCCUAAGCUGUCACCUGCGCAGAUCAUGCAUGAAGGAAUCAGAAGAAUCAGACAGAGAAGAGGUGGUUGAAAAGGCCAAGAGUGACGUGUUGGACCUCCUGAAGACUGGACGGGCUUUUAGCUAUCAAGUUCUUAGCCGCAUUGUCUCAUCUUCAAAUCCACUCAAAAGACUGAUUGUGGAGCUGAAAAGUCAUCACUUGUUUGUGACCGGAGAGCCUACACCUUUGCCCCAAGGGAAUCAAAGGUUGGUCGCAGAAACUGGUGAGCCAUCCGGAGAGGCAGGGUCAUCUGACGUGGAAUCUGCCAGCAGCGGUGAACUGUUUCAAUGUAACCGGGAAACAGCUUACAAGGCCAGAACCUCAUUGAAGAAAGCGAACGAAAUGGGGAUUCUGGAAAAGCAUUCUAUAGAUCAUCCACUGCUUCAGGGCUUUGCCGAACACCUACGGGUCAAUUUGGAAAAUACGAGGUACAAACAGGAGGUUGAGACUGUUUCUCGGUACCUUUAUUAUGCCAACCCUGUCGAACCAUCCUUGAAGUUUGUCAGGGACAGAGAGAAGCUCUUAAGCUACACAAGAAAACAGUCGGAGGCAAACUACAGGGCAAAGACUUCAGUCAAUUACCUAAAGUGCUUGAAAAGAUUCUUGGAUUACAACACUGCAUUGACCAAUCUGAGAAAGGAUGACAAGGCGCUCUACAAUGACUGCGUUGAUUUCGUGGAUUACAUUGGCUCUGUGCAGAGUAUGCUCUCUAAGCAAGUGAGCAAAGAGAUUGUAUCCAAGAGGCAUGCCAUGUUAAUGGAUAAAGAUGUUCUUAGUCCUCGUGACUGCUGGGCCAUUUUUGAGAAAGCUGAGGAAGGAUUUUUGAACAUCAUGAAUCAACUUGGUGACAGCUCUACCCCCCCCCUGGCGGCUUCUCAGUGCAUAUUUGUGCUGUACUAUCUGGAGGCAAUCGUCAUACUGAAGCACUGCCAAAGGCCAUGUGUGGUGGAGAACAUGAAGGUCGCCGAAUGGCUUGGGCGGAAACAAGAAGCGGAACAUACAAUCAUAUAUGCAGCAAAUUUUGCGGUUGGAAUUGCCCUGUCGAAGCAGGAGGAGGAGUGGUUUGAAAAGUACUACACAAGAGUGCGACCACAACACCUUGCUGCCAAAGGGAAACGCAAGCGGGACGAACGGAAUGACAAGGAUGGUGAUGAAUUCUUCUUUGUCUCCUCAACGGGGAAGAAAAUCAACAACCCAACCUCUGACCUGGACCGCCUGCAUGAAAAGCACAACCUCCCCCAUGUGAACAGCCAGACUGUGCGGAGAACAUUUGAGACGGAAGCUAACCACUUGGAUGAGCCAAAGAAGGCAUUGGUGGCUGGCUACCUGGCCCAUUCUGUCCACACAGCUGCAAAACACUAUCGAUUGAAAAAUCGGCGGGCAGUUGUGGAGGGCGCUGAUCUAUUGGCCAAGAUGGUUGAGGUGUCAAGUGCCAGGCCUUCCGGAGAAGGCAACAGUCAUGAGCCGUUUGGAGAAGGGCCUAUUCAUCCGUCUGAUGAGUCUUCCAACCAUGGUGACCAUUGUGCUGACCUUUCAUUGAAACAGCCAGUGAUACAUUUGCACAAGCUUCCAGGGGAAAAUGAAAAGGUCAGGUUCCAUGAGGCACUCAAUCAACUCCUGAAAAAACACCCUGUUACACUGAGUGGGAAACAGCCACAAGUGAAAGAGCGCAGGAAUGUCUCUCAAGACUGGGAGCAGAAGCUUUACACACGCUGGAGGGCGAUUCAAUUUGAAAAGCGUGUAAACCAUACCCGUGAACAAUUCAGUCGGCGUAUGCCAGCCAAAGACCGAGUCGACGCAUGGGUACGAAAGCAGGGAUGGAAGGGGAUGACUGCCAACAUAGGCAGUGCAGUUAUCGACAACUGGGCACCAUCUGGAUCUGUUGACCGUAUCAUGGACAGCAAACAGAUCCAGACAAUGGUGAAAACACAGCAGUGGAAAGGACUUUACAUUCAGGAUUUCAACGAAAGGGGCAGAGGGAUCAUUACGACCCGCACAUUUGAGGCUGGUGAGGUUGUCUGCGACUACCAUGGAACUGUUGUUAGCAGAAAGAAGGGCGAGAAAAUUAACAAAAUCACCAAUGAAAAGGAGACUGGCUAUAUCUUCUUUUUCUGGAACAGCAAAGGACAGGCAAUGUGCAUUGAUGCCCACUCAGAGACUUGUCAUUGCCACCCUGGGAUGCAGACGGUUGGCAGGCUGAUCAAUCACUCCAAAAGAAAAUCCAACAUAAGGCCCAUGCAUUUUGCUGUUGACAUGGAUGGAGAAGAAAAGGAUAUCAUCCUUUUCCUCGCAAACAGGACUUUACUGGUGGAUGAGGAAGUUAUGUUUGACUAUGGAGUCAACAAGAACUCUUUUAACAGAGAGGGUGCAAGUUGUGAAUGGCUCGACGACUAGCAAAUAUUGUCUCUGUACUUUUAAAACACAAUUACAGUAAAGUGUUUUGAUGCUAAUACAAAUAAUUUGCUGUACUCUUCAUCUUCUCAUAAUAUUUCAACUCAUUUUAAGCAUUCA